UGUGGUAAGGUGUACUCUCAAUCUGAGGUGAAAGUGGUCUGUGCAAUCUAUAAUGCAUCCGGGUGAGUAGGGUACGCUGGCGCGUACUGGCUGCCGCUCCUCUCUCUCUCUCUCCGCUGGGAUGCAGCGUGCUUUCUUCAUGUUUGUCGGGAAAUUGUUUUUCUUGGUGUUGGCCUGGUUACUUUCUAUCGGCUCUGUGGACUCACAGAUAGGCUUAUUGGGAGCUGAUGCAGACGAGGCUUUAAUGAACAUGGCCUUACAGUACACCUCUCGCCAGCUCUUAUCCUUGAAGCGGAAUUACUAUCUGUCGGGGGACACCUACGACCGCUGUGACAGGGCUGGAUUACUGCGGCCCAAGCGGUAUAUUCAUCGGAGCACAGGACGAAGCUACAUCUCUUCCUCGUCAUCUUCCAUCCCAGUUUUGAACUGCCGACGAAGGACUACAAGACUGUCAUCCUCCGGGGUUGAUCUUACUAACUUUUCUGCUCUGCCGUAUGAGCGGCAGUUCAGUGAUGCGCCGUCUACAAGCCCUUUAAAAGCCGCGUUACUGAACGCGCGCUCAGUGAACAACAAAGCUCUAUUACUGGCGGAUUUUAUCAUGGACAAUAAGCUGGACUUGUUUUUCAUCACGGAAACAUGGCACAAACAGGACGAUGGUUUUCUUUUUAAUCAGCUGACUCCAGCGGGCUUUGGACUCAUUGACGUUUCACGAACUACAGGGAAUGCAGACAUCAAAGCCACAGAGGCAGAAAAUGCAGUAGAACUGUCAAAGCAAAAUCACUUUUUCUCUUCGUGGAUGACAUUUAUUUACCGUAUGGCAGAGGGAGGGCAGCCACAACUUGGAGACGAAAAAAGUGGGUCUUUGGCAUACUAGGAGUAAAGGAUGAGCGACGACAUCCAGUCUUACGCCUUGUAAAGAGAAGAGGAAGGCAGAAUCUUGUACCAAUCGUGGUCAAGCAUGUGCAACCUGGUACCACUAUUAUAAGUGACAAAUGGAGAGCUUAUAAAGGUGCAUUAGCUGCUAUGGGCUACACUCACUUUAGUGUAAAUCACAGAUGGUGGUUUGUGGAUCCCCACAGUGGAGCCCACACCCAGCAUCUCGAGAGAGCGUGGUUGAAGUACAAGUCUACUAUUUGGAGACUCAGAGGAAACAGAACAGAAAAAAUCCUGAAGCAACACCUCUCAGUCAUU